ACAUCACUGAGCUUUAAACACGUCCAGGAGACUCGCUGCACACAGAACGGACCGGUUCGGACAGAGCAAAUCGGUCACGAUGCCGAGCGGAGCAGAACCGUGUGAGGAGAAGUACUCUAAGCGCUGCGUCUCCUGGGCUAAAGCCUACCGGGACCGGAUCGGCGGGAUCCUGCCGUCCAAGAGAAAGACCCUGAGCAUCUCCACCGAUGACCCGUCCUUCCCUGUGCUGUACCUGGGGAGCUCCACCACCCUGCAGGCAAAGGGCUCCGGCUGCACGGACGCGGCGGUCAGUAAGGUCUGGAGGAAGAGCGAUAUGGGUCGAACCGGAUCCAGGAUGCUGCUGACCGUCGGAGCUCAGGGCAUCCGGAUGGAGCACAGCGGCGAGAAGAGAACCGAGAGGAAACCGGAUCACCUGUACCUCCUGCACCGGGUCACGCACUGCGCCACGGACCCCGCGCUGCCCCGGGUCCUGGCCUGGGUCUACCGGCACCAGGUGAAGAACAAAGCUGUGAUGCUGCGCUGCCACGUAGCCCUGCUGCCCAAAGCGGACCAGGCCAGAACCGCGGAGAACCUGUUGAACCGGACCCUGCUGACCGCGCUGACCGAGUUCCAGAGGCUGAAGCGGCGGCAGGACGCCAAGCGGCAGCAGCUGCUCCAGGCGGGACCCGGGACCGUCCCGCUGCUGCCCAUCAGGAAGCUCCUGAACGGACAGUGCUGCUACAAACCCCCGGCUCAGAACUCCGCCAGCCACAGUGGUCAGAAGCUCUGCUCCAUCAGUGAGGAUUCUCUGGGGGAGGAGGAAGAGGAGCGCAGCAGCUACCUGGAUGAAGAAUGUCUGGAAGAUGAGGAAGAUGAAGAGGAAAUGUACCUGAUUAUCAACAACCUGCAGGAGCUGGACCUUCAAAACGAAAUGACGUCCCUGUGUGGACAGAGCAUGAGCAGCCAAUCCAGCGGAGAGACCAGCGAUGAGGAUGCACUUUUACCGGCCUGUUAACACACCAGUACACUGAGAUCAUCACACCUGAACACUGAGAUCAUCACACCUGAACACUGAGAUCAUCUCACCUGAACACUGAGAUCAUCACACCUGUACAAACCAAGAUUCACACCUGUACACUGAGAUCAUCACACCUGAACACUGAGAUCAUCACACCUGAACACUGAGAUCAUCACACCUGAACACUGAGAUCAUCACACCUGUACACUGAGAUCAUCACACCUGUAAAAACUGGUGAAUCCACCUGUAAACAAAUAUGACCAUACUUGUGCAAAGUGGCUGAUACACCUGUAUGUAAACACAUCUGCAAAGACUGUAUAACACACCUGCAGACAAAGGUGAUCACCAGUGUGCACUAGUGUAGAACGGUGAAUACACCUGUACAGAUUUUGUAAUGUAAUUUGUUUUCUAAAGAGAGUUGUUUAUUAUUGUUUGUGUGUUUAUAUGUAUAUAAAUGUUUAUUAAUUAUAUUUAUAGUAUAUGAAGUGAAACUGUAAUUAGUGAAUAUUUGCUGUGCAAAUAUAUGAGGACUGUAUGAGUCUGUAUUAGAUACAGUAUCUGAUCAUUACCUGUCUGAUCGAUUACCUGUAGUUUAUCAAUAAACGCAUUAUGAGCAGAUGA